AUGCGUUACAGUGCAAUGCCGAUAACUGCACCCAAUGAGUUUUACUAUUUUGGUGUGAUACAGUUACCACAGGUUAGUAUAGAAUACAUAAUGCGUAGAAUACCGCCGCCACCAGAAUAUUAUGGAUUGCCACCAGUCGAAAAAGCAGCAUAUCUAUUUUAUUGUCUUCUUUACCAGCAUCAUUAUCAUCCUGUAGACUUGUUUCAUAAAAAAUUCAAUCGCGAAUAUUUCAGUUACAUGUGUGAAGGUGACUCAGCUGAAAUUGCUCUUUGGAAGAUAUGUAAGCAUACUCAAGAAGAAUUUCUGGCGAAACGUUCGGCAAAUCACUUGAAGGCUUAUGAAAUGUCUCAAAAACAGUUAUUUAGUGAUGAUCGUGAAACGCUUGAUAGCAGGUUUUCAUUUUCUGGCUUUCAUUUUUUGAGUUGGAGUAGGCCCUUCACUUGUGUGCAGCUUUUACUUGAUGUUAAAAAUUCGGAAACUGUUCUUGAAAUACGCGAUAUGAGAAGUUUGAUUGUUGAUCAGAAGUUGUUGUAUGUGGUGAGUGCAAUCGAAUCGUUCCGAGGUCCUUUGGUUCCGGGAUUCACUCAAACACAUUCUGUGCUUCUGUACAUCCAGCGUCAGAUCGAUAUAAUUCUGAAAUCCGAGGCAUAUCUUAAUAGUGGCGCAAAUGACUGUCUUCUUAUGUGGCAGCUUUUGGAAAUGUUGGUACAACAGCAAGGGCGAGUAACCGGACCCGAUUUGUCGCGAUUGCUAAUGAAUGGUUGUCAUGUAAUCGAACAUCGACGAAACGAAAAUCAAGUAGAUCCUAAAGCAUACGAUCGAUUUACACAAUUUCUUCUGGGUGGUCAUGUAAAAGAAGCUCUUGACAGUGCAAUGAAGGAUGGACUGUACUCAGAUGCCAUGAUUUUAGCGCGUCGUAUAGCUAUCAAUGAACCUCAUGAACUUGAUAAAGUUGAAACAGCAUUUUUGUCCCAUCGUUCAGAUUUGAAUCCUGUUAUGACCCUGCUUGCUGUCGCGAAUGGGCAGUCAGCUUCAGUUCUAACAAAUCCACCAGUAGAUGACGCAAAUAGCUGGCGUCCCCACGCAGCUAUAAUAUUGGCGAACUUGAAUACACCAGCAGCUUUUGGAGCAGUAUAUCAACUUGGACAUGCGCUUGGUCGCCGCGAAAUGCACAUAGCCGCCGAUUUUUGUUAUCUUGCAGUCAGCCUUUUAGCACCCAGCUAUAAUCCUUUUUCACCAUGUUUUGAGAGUCGUCAACACAUAACGCUUAUCCAUGCAACAUUACCUGGUGAUGGAGCAUUGAAUUUUGAAUCAUUAAAUGGUUUUUCGGUAAUUGAUUUGCAUGCCACCGAAAUUUUCCAAUUUGCUACGAAAUUGGCUGAUGGCUGGAUAUCACAAAAUUUAAACAGAUCUAUAGCUUAUCAGAUGCAUCGACUUGAAUAUACUGAAAUGGUCUCUGAAUUUGGAAAUUCAGUGGAUGCAUUUCGAUACUGCGUUGAGAUUGCUCGCGAUAUAUGGAAUCGUUGUCAUGAAAUCAAUAUCAAGCAUCUUGAACGACUGUAUGAAUUGGCUGAAUCGUUAAUAGAUGAACGUCGGAAAAGAAUUCAAGCUGUAGAAGGUGUCUUGUCAUGUAUAUCUGAAGAAGUCGACACUGUACCAGAUUUGACUGAGGUAAUUUCUUUGCAUUUAUUGAUUAAUUUCCAACAUGGGCAUGGUUCAGGAAUUUUUUCGAAAUUAAAAGCAACCAUUGCUAAGGCAAUCCCAGCAAGCAAUGAAAUGAUUCUUCCUGAUGACAAAAAUCCAUCAAUUGUUUGGGAUCCGAAAUUGAAUAGGUAUGUCGGAGAAGGCAUUGAAGAAAAAUCUGUUCCAGAGCCUCCACCAUCAGUCAAAUCCAAUUCUGAGGCAGUAAAUGGUCCUUCAUCUGGUCGUAUUGGUGGCUUGACAGCUGCUCGACUUAGCGGCGGAUCAAGAUAUUUCAAUCCGCUGAUUGAAACAUUGCCUUCGAAGCCAGUGGCUCAGACUCUUCCUCUUCUGCCGCCAACACUAGUCACUGCUAGCUUUGGUUUUAUACCUUCUACACCUGGUAUUCUUAUUCAAGAUUCAAGAUCGUAG